CUCCCAGAUUCUAACCCAGGUAACCAGGUGACCAGGUAACCUAGGUUUGAAUCUGGGAGUCAGAAAAAAUAUUGUAUUGUCACAUGACUUAUUGUAAAUAUUACAUUUUGUAAUCCCCCGAGGAUUUUCUAAAAACUAGAAGCAGGUCGACCACCAGGGGGCGCUGGACUACACCCUAACCCUCUCCACUGGAGACAGCGCCACCUACCUGUCCUUACAAGAUCAUUGAGGAAGAGGACAGAUUGAGCUUCAUCAAUAAAUUCCUCCUGCUGCGUCUCACCUGAAUGUUUUCAUCAAGUUUUUAAAGAUUCAGAUCUACAAACACUGAAACACACACACACUGAAACACACAAACACUGACACACACACACAUUAACCCCCCCUUGCAGCAGCUUCAGGCUCCGCCCCCUUGCAGUCUCCAGGUCUCUCCAGUUUUCCUGCUCUGUUUCGGAUCAGUUGCUGUGGGUCGUUAUCUGGACCGGACCUGGUUCUGCUGGUUCUGUUUGGGUCGGAGUUCUGGGGGAACAUGAGAAGGAGAGGAGCAGAACACCGGACCCGGGCCUGAGGAGCAGAACCGACUCAGAACUGCUGAGCAGGCGGAUCCAGAGUCAAUCAGAGACGUCGGCGACUCCUGUGCAGUCACGCAGGUUGCCACGACGACAUGGUGAACACAGAGCGGCCGCAGCUAAAAAUAGCGUCAGGCUGCUGAAAGCUGAUCUGAUUGUGGAGACGGAGGCGCCUUUGCUCCGCCUGAUCUGGAUGGUUUGGGUCUGACCGGUGUCAGAUCACCGCCAGAUUACCCAGCAGGAGAUGAAUGGAUCCUGGACCUGCUCCAUCUUCAGAACCAGGCUCUAGUCAAGGUUCUGCUGCCAUCAUCAUCAUCGCUUGACUUCUCCUCAGAGGUUAAAAGGUGUUACCAUGGAAACCCUCAGGUUCCUUGCCGCCUUCGGAAAGGAAACCUGCCAGCGGUCUUUGAGGACAGGAAGUGGACAAAAGGUACCGAUGGACCUCCAACUGCGGAUAAGAUGACAGCUGACAGGUGCUGUAAAGUGUCCAAUCACAGCUCAGCAGGAUGUCAGGAAACAUGUCAUCUCUGGCUCCGCCCACCAGUGCGUCACCCCCACCUCCUCUCAACGUCUCCCAGUAUCCUCCCCUCACCGACUGGGAGCCUCCCAGUUUCACCCGAGCUGCUCAGUUCCGGGUCGGCGCCACCUCAGUGCUCUUCCUGUUCGCCGCCUGCAGCAAUCUGGCGCUGCUGGCCAGCGUCUGGUGCGGCCGCGGCCGCCGGCUGUCGUCUCACUUGCGGCCGUUGAUGCUGAGCCUGGCGGUGGCGGACCUGAUGAUGACGUUUGUGGUGAUGCCUCUGGAUGCGGCGUGGAACAUCACGGUGCAGUGGUACGGCGGCGAGGCGCUCUGCAAGCUGCUCUGCUUCCUGAAGCUGUUCGCCAUGCACGCCGCCGCCUUCAUCCUGGUCGUCAUCAGCCUGGACCGCCAUUACGCCAUCCUGCACCCGCUGGAUGCCCUGAGCGCACACCGCAGGAACCGCUGUAUGCUGCUGCUGGCCUGGAGUCUGAGUCUGCUGCUGGCUUCCCCACAGCUCUUCCUCUUCAGAACCAUCCGUCUGGACGCGGCCAACUUCACGCAGUGCGCGUCCCACGGCAGCUUCACUCACCGCUGGCAGGAAACGCUCUACAACAUGUUCCACUUCGUCACGCUGUACGUUGUGCCGCUGCUUCUGCUGAGCUGCUGCUACAGCCGCAUCCUGCUGCACAUCAACCAGCAGCACCUGCAGCACAAAGCAGGUGAGUCCCCCCUGCGGCGCAGCGGCACUGACCUCAUCCCCAAGGCGCGGAUGAAGACGCUGAAGAUGACGGUGGUGAUCGUGCUGUCCUUCGUCGUGUGCUGGACGCCAUACUACCUGCUGGGGAUCUGGUACUGGUUCCAGCCCGACAUGUUGCGGGUCAUGCCCGAGUACGUCCACCACGCCCUGUUCGUGUUCGGGAACCUGAACACCUGCUGCGACCCCGUCAUCUACGGCUUCUACACGCCGUCGUUCCGCGCCGACCUGGCUGCCUUCUGCCGCUGGACGAGGAGCCACGCUUCGCCGCGCUCGCCGGAGCACCUGUCCGCCAGGCAGGGUCCGCACAGCGGCGAGGACGAGGCGCCGCCUGGCCCCGCCCACUGGGCAAACCAGGCGGCGCCUCGCUGACCAAUCACAAGCCAGAACUGAACCACGGGACGUUCUCUGCUUCUCUGGUUUUAUUCCUUCGUGUUUGGAGGUUUCUCAGUUUCUCAGCAGCAGAUUGAAUCUCUGAAUAAAACGUUUCUCUGCUUCUGAUUGGUCACAAUA